UGUUUGUUUCCUCCUGCAGCCCAAUUCAGAGCCUCCUCAGCUGGAGAAGAAGAAGAAGGAGGAAGAGUGGUGGUGCGUUCACUGACCUCCAUCUUCCUUCACCAGGAGUAAAUGUGAGGCUGACGGAGGAUUCUUCUCACUUCGACUCUCUGAGCAGAAUCAUGUCAUCGUAGCUCCGCCUCCUGCUCUGAUUGGUUGGAGACUCCGGUCCGAUGUCGCGGCACAGUAAGCUGCAGAAGCAGGUCCUGGUCCUGUACCAGUUCCUCAGAGCCGUCGGGACAAACCGGGGCUUCAUCCCCCGGAUCCGGGACGAGUUCAGGGAGAGCCGGAUCAAGCGGACGGACGUGAUGCACAUCGAGUAUCUGUACCGACGAGGCCAGAGGCAGCUGGAGCAGCUGAGGGACGCCAACACCAAGCAGCUGGCUCCUCUCCAAAGCCAAGGACCAGGACUGAGACCGGCAGAUCUCCAACAGCACACCUCACAGACUCCAUCCAUGACGCUCAUGUUCAGUUGUAGGAAUAAAAUAUUCUGAAAGUCA